AUGUUAAACUUCGUUUUAGAUUAUAUUCCAUACAUAGUUAUAGCUUUGUGUCUUGUAUAUCCUCUCAGAACUAUCAUUUACGAUCAAUUUCAAGCUUUUCUCUCAAAAAAAAAGGAUAUUGAUGUAGUUUCUGCUGGAGGAUUUAUUCCAUUUCUUCGUAUACUUCACGCGGAACAAGGAGCAACGGUCACAUCAAAAAUUCCAUUUGAAAAUACAAUUUCUGUGGUGAAUUCCGAAGUAAUGAAAGCAACUUUACAAAUCGGUGAUAGGCCUAUUGGAUUAUUCAAAUUUUUGGUACCACUUAUAGGUGAAGAUAAUUUUCAGAUUUUUGAUGCCGAAAGAGCUGCGAGAUUUAAAAAAGUAAGCGGACCUGCUUUCGGUCAGGAAGUUUUGAUGACAAAAUAUGAUGAUAUGCGAAGUGUUGGAAUUGAUUUGAUCAAGCGGUGGGAAGAAAGUUCGAAUUUGCAAGACAGCGUUAUUAUCAAGAUGCAAGAGGAAUGUCUCGAAUUUGCUUUACGAGCAACUUCAAAGGCAAUCCUAAGUACCGACACGCCUCAGGACUUGGACUUUAAAAAAUUCAAACAAUCGUACGACGCCACGUUGAGUGGCUUGUUUGAUAAACAAUUUGGUCUCCUUGAUGAUCUUCGAGAAGAAGAAUUACAGCAAUCGCUCAAUUCUUUUCUUACUACAUUGA